CAAUUAGAUUGCUGAGUGACGGAAGUUGUGCGCCAUGGAGACUGCAAACUCCAAUCCGCGAAGGAGAUGGAGGAAGCUGCUUGUCUCCUUCAUUGCCUCAGCGGCCGUCUCGGAGAUGCAUCAGGGUGCCUUGUAUCCGCAAGGUGGCACGAUGUGCUUCGCGGGCUCGAUGUGGGGAAGAUGGUCGCUUUGGCGCAGGACAUCUGGCCCUCUGUCGGCCACACCCAAUCAUGCUCCGGAAGCAGAAGUAUCUCUGGAUGAGGAACGGGACGAGGAUUCUGACUUUGAUGACGAAGAUUCCGAUAUGGCCAUUCCAAAGCUGACCAGGUCUGCAUUCAAACAGCGGCCCGACGCGUCUGAUCGAUUGGAUAUUGAUACCGUUACCUCCUUCGUGCAGGGAGAGUUGGGUGAAGCCGGGUUCAAGGUUGCUCCCUACGAGCAGCAAGACUUCGAGAAGAGUCCUUUGCAGGAAGCCGCAGCAGCUUUUCGGCAGUGGGCGCUUCGGCGUGAAGUGACCGAAGACAAGCAGGAAUUGAUUGCGCGAACUGAACGCCUGCUGUCGACGGAAAUGCCAGAGCCGCACACCUUUGCAUCGCUGAUGUGGUGCUGCAGCAAGCUCAGCAUCAACGACAUGUCGCCGCUGCUGGCGCCAUUGCGCGACAGGAUGCCAGAGGUGGCCAGGGACAUGACCGCGCAGAACCUGACAAGCUGCUGGUGCACAGCGGCAAAGAUUCAGGAGUUUGCAGAGGAGGUGGACGAUAUGAUUCCCCACCUCUUGGGUGCUGCUUUGAAGAAGGCAAAGGACAUGGAGCCCAGGCAUGUUGCCGCCUUUGUUUGGGCGUCCGGCAAGCUGGAUCUUCGACCGGCAGAGGUGUCUCAGAUAUUGGAUACCCUUCCUGGACUGCUUAGAGAAGAUCUCGACACUAUGCAGCUGAAGGACAUUGCGAACUUUGUCUUUGGUCUGUCGCGUUUAGAAUGCAGGGAUACUGGCCUGAUGGAGACCAUUGCCAAGGUCACUGCAGGGAAGGCAGAGUCGUGCAAUAAGAAGGCAGCGUGGACUGACUUGCCAAUGAUUGUCAUGUCCUUGACUCGACUUGGCUACAAGGAUGCUCACAUGAACAAGCUGCUGGAUGCGGUUGCUGCUAGAUUGCAGAGGGGUCCUCGGCUGCUGAAGAAGAUGCCUGACUGGGGAUUGGCAGCUCUACUAUGGUCUUGGCCUUCAGACGGAGUUCCAGGGGUGCGCGACAUGCAGGGUCUGCUUUACCCAGAGGUGGACAAGCGAAUUGCAAAGAACCGAUUCGACAGUCGGAUGCUCGAGAGGAGUUGGAUGGGCCCAAGCGAAUGGCAGCGGCCAGUGAAACACGCGAGGAAUUUUGUGCGCUGAGCUCCCAAAGAGGGGCGACAAGUGGAGUUGAUUGCGAUGAAAGCCGAACAACAUGCAGAUAAUUUCUAGUUGUAGAUAGGGGGUUUCUUGACACUGAAGAAAUGAACCAGUCCCUUUGGGACUGCAGUUAAUGACUGCCUUUGGGCG